UGCCGGCCCGGCUCCCCGCUAGCUCGCUCCGCCCGGCUCUAGCGGAUGGGCUAAGCCGGUCCGCACCGAGCCGAGCUGUGUCGAGCCGAGCCGCGCCACGCCGAGCCGGCGGCCGUACAGCCCGGUAGGGGCUCGGGGCAGGCAGGGCCGCCCGGGCGCCCUCCAGGGCCAAGGUGCGAGAGCCCCCUCCCGGCGGGGGGCCCGGCCCCCCGGGCGGGGGCGGGGCGGGGGCAGGGGCAGGGGCAGGUGCGCCGGCCGGGCGGGGCCGGGCCGGGCCGAGCAGCAGGCGGGACCCCCGGCGCGACCCGCCCCGGGCACCCCCGCGGUGCCGCCGCCGCCUCCCGCUGCCCCACGGCCCCGGCCCCCCUCGGCUCCCCUGUGCGCCGCUGGCCCGGCGGGGCUCGGCCCGGGGGGGCUGGGCAGCUUGGGGGCCGAGCCCCCGGCCCGCCGGCACUCCGCCCCGGCCCGCCCCGCCGCCCCGCGGCCGGGACCCGGGAGCGAUGGAUUUUCGGGGGAAGAAGUACGAGCGCGGCAGUAACUGGUCGGACCCCGAGGUGGUGGAGCUGCUGCAGCUCUGGGCCGACGAGUCGGUGCAGGUGGAGCUGGAGAGCUGCCUGCGCAACCAGCACGUCUUCAACCGCAUCGCCGAGGUGCUGCGGGAGAAGGGCAUCCACCGGACGGGAGACCAGUGCCGGGAGAAGAUCAAGAAGAUGAAGCUGGAGUACCGGCGGAUCAAGGACAACAGCAAGGCCCCGCGGGGCGGCCGGACGUGGAAGUUCUACGAGGUGAUGGACCGGGUGCUGACCAGCCGGCCCGCCCUGGCCUACAGCUCCCUGAGCGGCAGCAUGAUGGCUCAGCAGGUGCUGCAGGGCAGCAUGGUGGAGAGCUACCAUCACCAGUUCGCCAGCUCGGCCCUGCCCUUUGGACACUCCCAGCACCCUGAACUGAUGGAAAUCAAAUGUGAGGAGGUGAACUCUGAUGAGCACUGCUUGACCCCAGAGCCCCCAUCAUCCAUGUCUUACCAGCAGGGCUCCCCUGAAGAACAUGAGAUGGAGAGAGCCUUCUUGGAGAGGGCCCAGAACGACUCUCCCAUCUCCAGGGUGGAGAUUCCCAUUGAAACCAGUGUUUCACCUUCAGGUUUCAGUGAGCCAAACAUGGCAAACUCCUCGCGGAUUCAGAAUGUGGUUCCCCGGCCUGGCUUCUCUGCCCUGCACCGCCUGAGGAAAAAGCGGAAAGGCCAGCGUGUGAAGGACCCGCUUGAUGACCUCUUGCUGAAGACCCUCACAUCUCAGCGGGCCAUGGAGGAGCGCUUUUUGCAGAUGGAAGAGCGCCGAUUCCAGCGGGAUUUGGAUGUAGAGGAGCGGCGGAUGCAGCUGGAGCAGCGCCGGUUUGAACUGGAGCGAGAGCAUGAGUUUCGCAUGUUCAAUGUGUUUGCUCAGAUGCUCAGCAUCCUAAAGCAGAGCCACAGCAGCUCCUCCUCUGUGUCGAUGCCUCAGGGCUUGGACUUCAGCCAGGCACUGUUUGAAAUUACAGGAACGGGAGGAGGAGGCGGCAGCCUGCAGGAGGUGAAGGCUCGGCCGCUUGCCGAGAGGAGGGUUAACAUGCACGGCUUCUGUAACCCCAGCAGCUUCCAGAGAAGCCCCUACCUUUCUGCUCGUGGUAACAUUGCCACCAUUUUUUGUGGCUCCACUGAAGAAGGGUACAAAGCUUAUCAUGCUGACAAGUAUGAUGAAGACAAGAACCCAAAUGGUAUAAUAAACUUUGGCACCAGUGAGAAUAAACUCUGCUUUGACCUGAUGUCUAAGCGGCUGACACAGACUGAUAUGAAUCUGAUGGAGCCUCCGCUGCUUCAGUAUCCUGAUUGGAAGGGACAUAUGUUUUUACGGGAGGAAGUGGCUCGAUUUUUGACCUAUUACUGCAAGGCCCCAGCACCUCUUAAGGCAGAAAAUGUGAUUGUUUUAAACGGUUGUGGCUCUUUAUUUUCUGCAUUAGCUACAGUCCUUUGUGAUCCAGGGGAAGCUGUUCUGAUUGCUACUCCCUUUUAUGGUGGUAUUACCCAGAGUGUCUUCCUCUAUGGUAAUGUCAAGCUGGUGUAUGCCUAUUUAGACAGUAAGAUUACUGGAACAAGCACUCGGCCUUUUCAGCUUACAGUGGAAAAACUGGAAAAAGCCUUGCAGGAUGCCCGGGCAGAGGGUGUCACUGUAAGGGCCUUAAUUCUUCUGAAUCCCCAAAAUCCCCUUGGGGACAUCUACUCCUUGUCAGAACUAUGGGAUUACCUGGAAUUUGCUAAAAGACAUGAAUUGCAUGUGAUAGUAGAUGAGCUCUACAUGCUGUCAGUUUUUGAUGAAUCAGCCACGUUUCACAGUGUCCUAGGCAUGGACAGAUUGCCUGAUCCACAGCGGACUCAUGUGAUGUGGGGAAUAAGCAAGGAUUUUGCUGUCUCUGGGAUUCGUUUUGGUACUUUAUAUACAGAGAACCAAGAUGUUGCUAAUGCAGUGGCUUCUUUGUGUUACUUCCACGGGGUUUGUGGAACUGUUCAGCACAAGGUUGCACAGCUGCUGAGAGACAGAGACUGGAUCAACCAGGUGUACCUGAGGGCCAACCAUGCCCGCCUAAAAGCUGCCCAUACUUACGUGACAGAUGAGCUGAAGACACUUGGGGUUCCUUUUCUCAACCGCAAUGCAGGCUUGUUUGUCUGGAUUGAUUUCCGAAAGGAAUCUUACUGCUCUCAAGCCACUUUACUCCCCAUUUCUUCCUUUAAAUCACAACUGCUGUACUUCAGAGGUAAAAGGUGUCUCCCCUCGCCUUUGCAGACCUCAUGGGAAUCACAAAUUCAUGAGGAUCUCAGUGAUUUAGCCUAUAUGUUGCUAAUCUCUGGCUCUUCUGCUGCCUCUCCUAGUACCUUAGGACAGCCACAUUUGAGGAGGAGCUGCUGCUAUGGAGGCGUUUUCUGGAUAACAAGGUCCUCCUGUCCUGUGGUAAAGCCUUUGAAUGCAGUGAACCCGGGUGGUUCCGCAUCAUCUUUGCUGACAAGACCCACCGGCUACAGUUGGGUAUGCAACGGAUCCGCAAGGUUUUGGAAGAGCGGGAGCAGGAGAUACUGGCUGAGGAGAAGGAGCAGCCUUGUCAGUCAGAUCAGGAUGGCAAAGCAGAUAGCACAGAUGAAGUAAUUUUUGUGUCCCGCCACCAGGAGCCUAGCUGUGCCAGUACCUCCAACCUUGGUGACCUCAUUGGCCUCCUGCAGCAACAGAUGCGUUCAUCUGACUGGCUACAGAAAAAUACAGCCGAGCAGUUUGCACAGGAAAAGCCAGAGAUGUACGAUGUGUUCAGCAAACUGGUGGGGAAGCAGUAGGGUCAGUGUGACUUCAUGGGGUUUCCGGAGCAGUGACUGACCCUGGGCCCCUGAAAGCUCAGCAGUGAUUUCCAGCAAAUAAUAUAUUUUCUGUAUAGCAAGAAAAUAACUUUGUAAAACCACUCCUCUCACCCUGUUUAAGAUCUCUAAUUUGUAUUAUGUAAGUGCAUUCCUUGGAUUGGGGUGAGGGUAAGGAAUGGUGGGGGUCUUGUCUGCCUGCUGCCCUGUUUCCUGCGGCAUCAUUGUAUUUUGUAUUUCAUUUCUAAUUAAUAUGCUCUUAACUCUC